AUGAGGCUGGUGGUCAGGUCCCGCAGGACCCGAGGGCUGCUGACCCUCAUCAGGUUCCUGACCGUAGGCGCCACCGUGGUGCUGGCGUCUGCCGGAGGAAGCUGUUCAAACGUUCCGAGCAGCCUCGAACGUGGCGCCGCGUCUUACCAGGAUCUAGAAGUUGUUAGUGUGGCGUGGUUUAUCGUCGAGCUCGGGAUCAAUAUUAUCUCUAAGAAUGCAGUUGAAGAGACAAUUGUAAAAGUGGAGAUUGCCAAAGUUUAUAAGGGUUCCUUGGGAUCAAGACUAGGUUGCAGUUCUCAAGGAAGAAGAUAUAAAUGUCCCUGUGUUCACCCACUCAACCCAAACCCCAGCCCUUGGUUCACUCCACUCCACUCCACACCAGCCCUGUGUUCACUCACUCCACACCCCAAACCCAGCCCUGUGUUCACCCACUCCACACCCCAAAACCCCAGCCCUGUGUUCACCGCCACUCCACCCAAACCCCAGCCCUGUGUUCACCCACUUCUCCCAUCAAACCCCACCCUGUGUUCACCCCACUCCACACAAACCCCAGCCCCGUGUUCACCCACUCUAAAACCCAGCAGCCCGGUGUUCACCUCCACUCCACCAAACCCCAGCCCUGUGUUCACCCCACUCCAACCAAACCCCAGCCCCUGUGUUCACCCACUCCAACCCAAACCCAGCAGCCCUGUGUUUCACCCACUCCAACCCAAAACCCCAGCCCUGUGUUCACCCACUCAACCCACAACCCCAGCCCUGUUUCACACUCCACUCCAAACCCCAGCCCGUGUUCACCCCAGCCCUGUGUUCACCCACUCACACUCCACCCAGAACCCCAGCCCGUGUUUCACCCACUCCACCCCAAACCCCAGCCCUGUGUUCACCCACUCCAACAAACCCCAGCCUUGUGUUUCACCACUCCACCCCAAAACCCAGCCCUGUGUUCACGCCACUCCAACGCCAAACCCGCAGCCCUUGUGUUCACCCACUCCACCCAAACCCCAGCCCUGUGUUCACGCCACUCCAACCCAAACCCCGUGUUCAACCACUCCAUCCAAAACCCGCCCUGUGUUCACCCACUCCAACCCAAAACCCCCAGCCCUGUGUUCACCACUCCAAACCCAAACCAGCCCUGUGUUUCACCCCACUCCAAACCCAACCAGGCCCUGUGUUCACGCCCACUCCACCCCAACCCCAGCCCUGUGUUCACCCACUCCAACCCAAAACCCCAGCCCUGUGUUCACCCACUCCAACCCAAACCCAGCCCUGUGUUCACCCUCCACUGUGUUCACAUCAACCCAAACCCCCAGCCCUGUGUUCACCCACUCCAACCCAAACCCCAGCCCUGUGUUCACCCACACUCACACACCCAAACCCCAGCCUGUGUUCACCGCCUGUGUUCACCCACCCCACUUGUGUUCACACUCCAUCCCAAACCCCAGCCCUGUGUUCACGCCACUCCACCCCAAACCCCCAGCCCUGUGUUCACCCACUCCAACCCAAACCCACUCCAACCCAAACCCAGCCCGUGUUCACCCACUCCAACCCAAACCCCAGCCCUGUGUUCACCCACUCCAACCCAAACCCCAGCCCUGUGUUCACCCACUCCACCCCAAACCCCAGCCCCGUGUUCACCCACUCCAACCCAAACCCCAGCCUUGUCUGUACUUGAACCGGAUGAGGUUCUCUGCCUCCGUGUGUGGGCAAGGAGGCUGUGAGAUUGCCUGUGUUGACUCGCUACUGAUGUGA